AUGUAUUCCGCGGUCCCCGCAGCCGGCCCACUCCCGCGCCGCGCCCGCCGCCCCCCGCCCGGGCGCCCUGCCGAGCCGCCGCGGCCUCCGGCGCCCGCCCCGUCUGCAGCCGCACGGCCGCUGCCCUCAGCCCCCGGGCCGCGGCCGCGCGUGGCAGUGAAGAUGGCCUUCCGCAAGGCCUACUCCAUCAAGGACAAGCUGCAGGCCAUCGAGCGCGUUAAGGGCGGCGAGCGGCAGGCCAGUGUGUGCCGCGACUUCGGCGUGCCCGGCGGUACGCUGCGCGGCUGGCUCAAGGACGAGCCCAAGCUGCGCUGGUUCCUGGAGCAGCUGGGCGGCGAGGUGGGCACGCAGCGCAAGAAGAUGCGGUUAGCCAACGAGGAGGAGAUCGACCGCGCCGUGUACUCGUGGUUCCUCGCGCUGCGCCAACACGGCGUGCCGCUGUCAGGGCCUCUCAUUCAGGCGCAGGCCGAGGCCUUCGCGCGCCAGAUCUACGGGCCCGAGUGCACCUUUAAGGCUAGCCACGGCUGGUUCUGGCGCUGGCAGAAGCGCCACGGCAUCUCCAGCCAGCGCUUCUACGGCGAGGCCCGGCCCCCGGGCCCAGGCCCCGCGCCUGGACCGCCGGUCAAAGAGGAGCCCGCGCUGCCCACCGGCGCCGGGUCCCUGCCCGACCGCGCCCCGGCCCCGCCACCCCCCUCCGAGGGCGGAUACGGCGACGAGCAGAUCUAUAACGCCAACGUCACCGGCCUCUACUGGAAGCUGCUUCCGGAGCAGGCCACGGCCCUGGGCUCGGGUGACCCUGGGGUGAGGGCCUGCGGCCGGCGUUGGCGGGGCGACCGGGUAACGGUGCUGCUGGCCGCUAACCUGACCGGCAGCCAUAAGCUGAAGCCGCUGGUCAUCGGGCAGCUGCCCGACCCGCCCAGCCUGCGCCAUCAUAACCAGGACAAGUUCCCGGCCUCUUACCGCUACAGCCCCGACGCCUGGCUCAGCCGCCCACUGCUGCGAGGCUGGUUCUUUGAGGAGUUUGUCCCCGGAGUUAAGCGCUACCUGCGCCGAAGUUGUUUGCAGCAGAAGGCUGUGCUACUGGUGGCCCACCCGCCCUGCCCGAGCCCUGCCACCAGGAUGCCUGCCCUAGAGGACAGCGAGGAUACCCCCCUGCGGUGCCGGCCAGAGCCCCUCGGGUCCCCCGAGGAGCUGCAGACACCUGACGGCGCUGUGCGCGUGCUGUUCCUGUCCAAGGGCAGCGGCCGGGCGCACAUCCCAGCACCGCUGCAACAGGGCGUGGUGGCUGCUUUCAAGCAGCUGUACAAGCGGGAGCUUCUGCGUUUGGCUGUGUCCUGUGCCAGCGGCUCUCCGCUGGACUUCAUGCGCAGCUUCAUGCUCAAGGACAUGCUCUACCUGGCCGGCCUCUCCUGGGAUCUGGUACAGGCAGGCAGCAUUGAGCGCUGCUGGCUCCUGGGCUUGCGGGCUGCCUUUGAGUCACGGCCUGCUGAGGAUGGUGCUGGGCAACCAGCCUGUCAGGCCGAAGAGGCCGCCGAGCACAGUAGGGUGCUCAGCGACCUCACCCAUCUGGCGGCUCUGGCCUACAAGUGCCUGGCGCCUGAGGAGGUGGCAGAAUGGUUACACCUGGAUGAUGACGGUUUGCCUGAAGGCUGCAGAGAGGAGGUGGGCCCUGCACUGGCCCUGACAGCCCCCCCACCCCCAGCCAGCCUGCCCUCUGGCAUGGGGGGUGCAGAGGAGGAGGAAGAGGCCAGUACCUACAGUGGCGCCUCCAUGCCCACAGCUGGGGAGGCUGUCCGGGGGCUGGAAACAGCCCUGCGGUGGCUGGAAAAUCAGGACCCCAAGGAGGUGGGGCCGCUGAGGCUGGUGCAGCUGCGCUCACUCAUCAGCAUGGCCCGGAGGCUGGGGGGAAUUGGGCACUCCCCAGCAGUACCGGAUGAUGGUGUGUGACCAAGCUGACCCAGUGGCCUUUCUCCUAUUCUACUUGGAGGGAGGGAAAACGCACAGUAUCUAAUCUCCCUUUCUCUCCUCCCCCUGGGGUAGGCCACCCCAUGGGUACAGGGGUUCCAGCCCAGUUUGGCCUGGAGGGCCCCUGUUGUUGAAAUGUUGUCCUGCUCCUUUGGUCUCCCCAGUCUCGGGGUGGGGAGGGAUAGCUAGGACUGAGGUCCCUAGCUCACACUCCUCUGGGGCAGGUGCACGUGUGGGGUCUUCUGGCAUGUGAGGCACAGCACCUAUCAGCAGUUGGCUGUGUCCUGCUCCGGCCACUAUGGACUAGGCCUGCCUCCUACCACUGCCCAUUACAUGCACUGGACAAGGGCCUCACACUGCUGUUUGUCUAGGGCCCAGGUGCUAUGUGGUCCCUGCACUACAGCUAUGGAAUCCUCUUCACCACUUGGUUUUAUUUUUUAAAACAUUAAAUCCAAUUUUAUAGAUACUCUUUAGAGGGGCCAUGAGAAGGGGCAGUGUGGUGUGCUCUCCAGGCUGCCCCCUGCAGUUGCUCUGUAGACUGAAGCCCAAAAGGUACAAGUCUAGAGCAGGGGCUGCUCUCAGAACAGUGCCAUGGAGUGAGAAGGGGGACAAAGCCCUGCACUCAGGGCUUCUGGAGGGACUGGGUGCAGCAGUGGGGUGUAGAUUUCUGUCCUCUUGUGUUUUGAGUUUUACUUACAAAAAUUCCAUUCUGAACAGAUACUUCAUUCUAUAGGAUGAAGUUAAGAGUCUGCAUUUGAGCCCUGGUGUCUUGACCAGUGACAGAGGAAGCUCCCAGAUUCUUCAUGGGCCACAGACCACUUUUGCCAGCCCCAGGGCCCAGAGCCACCCAGCCUGCCCCAGAACAGGCCCCAGCACUGACAGCCACCUGGGCAGUUCACAGUGCCUUAGCCCCACACUCUCCUUGCUCCACCUAUCCCAGCACCCCAUUCAGACUUUCCCACCUUUUCUGGCACUGCCCAGGUUGUGGCUGAGGAGCUGCUUCUGGGCUGCCCAGUUUGGAAAAGAGAGAAAAGGGUUCCAGUGACUGUCCAGCACUUGUGCUGUUCUGCUACUCAACCUGGGUCUAGGUUCAGAGCCCUGCUGGUGGUGUGGGACUCAGAUGCCCAUGCAUCUCCAGGUAGUGAUGGGGUCUGCCUUUACAGAGGUGUCGCCCUGAAGCCCUGUGAGGGGCAGGGGCCCUCGGGUGCUCUCCUGAGUCUUUGCCUGCUCUCAACGUCCUAGUACUAGUCUAAGCCUUGAGAACACAGAGUUGGUGAGUGCAGAGGGCUUGCACAUAGAUGGCGGGUCUGUAGAAGGAUGGUGAGCAGCUAGAGGGAGUGCCCCUCAAAUACUUUUCCACACAAGUCCUUGGGACCACCUCUAUCCAAAAACAUCUCUGCAAAACCCUUAUACAUAUAUCUCAAGUUGGAGACCUGGAAAAUUUGUAAGAAAAUAGCUCAGCUGACCAGACUCAGCUGUUGCUGGAGUCUACCUGGCCACCUGUUUCUGGCCUCCCUAGACCUGCAGACCUAUCCAGGGCUGGCCCUGAGUCUCUCUACUGCCCAACCUGGGCUUUAAGAAUUCUGAUGUGUUUUGCCCCAUGAGCCUCCCCAGCAGCACAGGUAAUAGGGCUGGGAGCAGCUGGUCUCCUGGGUGAAGGCCACACAGGCCAGGUGAGGGCUGUACACUUGGGCUUUGACACACAGCCUUUGGUGACUGCCCUUCAGCCUGGCUUCUUGCCACCAUAGCCGCUCCUUUGGCAAGGUUUUCAUCUCCAGCCUUCCUCCCAGUUUCAGUCCCUCUUGUUGGCCUGUGCCCAGUGAGGUGUCAUACUGGGCAGGGGAGAGAGAAACAAGACUCCUUAUGUCUCACUACCUGCCCUCUCCAUCUGAGGCCCAGGUGGCUCUAGUCUGUUCCCCAGUACCCAGAUGGUUACCUUCCAUAAACAAGGCCAGGUGUGAGCUGGUGGGGGGUCCAUAGGAACUUCUUAAAGUCUGCCAAGUAAGGGUCUGCCUCUUGGCUCAGCAGCCCCGCCAUGAGAGCACUCAAAAGGUCUCUAGCAUAAAGUCCAUGUAUAUAGUAGAGCAGAGGCUGAAGCCCCUGAGCCCUGCUUGUGAGGAUGCUCUGCCUGACUCCAUGGGUAGUCCUUUACGGACUCUCAGGGCCUGCCACCAAGCACCUUGAUAGGUGAUAACCUGGUGUCCUGUUUUACCCCCACCUUCUAGCCACCCACCUCUGUGAAGUGAGGCCAGUCGGGUAGCAGGAGCCUUUUGGAAGGAUAUGUGCCCUCUUGGGGCUACAUUUCUGCUUGGCCUCCCUCCCCCUUCACCUCAGUUAACAGCUGGGCCACCCUCUGGUUUGUGAGCCAGUUGAAGCUGCAAUUCUUCUUUUAACUGGCCACCAGUCCUACAGGCAUGUGGGGACCCCUGUGGCCUUGGAAGUGCAGACAGCCCUCCUGGUUCAAGCAGCAUGGCAGAGGCCACCAGCCCCCACCUCCACUCCUGUUCACAGCUCUGUGAUUAGGAUCAAGGAAAGUUCUUAGGGUUGGCAGUCUCUAUCAGGCUUAUUGUGGACUUCUGGGCUUGGGGGAGGCCAGUGAAGAGAAAGCAUGUAGGACAGUAGGAUGAGCAGAUGCAGACUUGUGCUGAAACCACUGCUAGCUGCAUGUACUUAGAGACUGGGUCAGCGGAAAAGGAGGCACCCUAAGCUGAAGGGCUAGUUCCACAGAGAACAUAUCCUCUUUUACUACCUAAUUGGCAUUGCCUGUGAAGAGCCUGGUGGGACCUGGGUACUGUCUUCCACCAUCUGCCCCUGGCUGAGUGUGCUCAAAAGCAGGCUUUGGACUGCUUGGGGCACUCCUAACACUGAGCCUUGGUCAUAGCUAAGUUCAGUUGGCCAGAGGGCCUAGUAGUGCUUUAUAUAAUAAAUGCUGAACAUGUCAUCUUCAUGA